CUGUUAAGCCCCCUCACGUGCCUCACACGUGAGGGUAAUUUCGUCAUUUCAUAUAUUAAGGACCAUUUUUGCAUAAACGCUUUUUGGAUUAAUUGAUAUUUACCUCUCAUUUACUUUCCCCAACAUUCGUCAACUCCCCAACUCCCUCCUUCUUGCUUCUGCUCCAUUGAACCUGCAAAAAACCCUCGUUGCUUAUCCAAACAAGAUAAUCGACACUACACAUACAAGGGCAUACGUUUAAUACGAAAUAGUGUUCGUAAUGUGGCACAUCAGACCAAAACACGAAGUUGUUGAUGUAUCAACUGUAUAUACUGGUGCACCCACAUGGUUUAGUAUUAAGCUUCAUCACAGUGAGAAAUUUACUAAGUUACCUGAUAUAAAGUACAUUGGAGGUGAAGUGUGUUAUGUUGAUUAUGUGGACAUUCAUGAGUUUUCUGUGCAUGAACUUGAUGCCAUAAUGCUUGACCUAAGUUACCCAGACCCACGGAUGAUUGAAUUGACCGAUGAAUCCCCAGUGAUAUACUACCAUUUCAGGAUACCCAAUGGUGACUUUCAAUUUGGUCUUAGAAAUUUAGGGAAUGAUCAGGAUGUGAUCAACCUUUCUAAAUACAUUGCACAUAACAAGCUGAUUGAGGUGUACACAGAGCAUGGAAAGACAAAUUUACUGACUUACUUCAUAUCACCAAAUGCAAAGGGUAAAGUUGUCAUUGAGGAAUUACCAUAA